CCCACAAAACCCACACACUGUACGUGUGUGGAUCGACCAGGAACAAGAAAAACAAGGGCUCACCCUUGUUCUCACCAAAUUCACCAAAUUGACAAGGGAAAAUCGAUGAUUAUCAAUUGCAUGUGGUAGAAUUUCGAUCAGUUACCCAUAUCCAAUCAAGUGGCGUGAAGGAAGAAGGCUCAAGUGCUAAGAAAACGGAAGGUUCACAAGAUCGAGAUGGCUGAUGCAAGUAACGCUAAUGAUGGUGAUGAUACGAUUAGACAAGAAGUAUUUGAAGGCAAAGUCACGGAAAUAGCUGAAGGGGUUAUGCAAGCCAAUCUCCCACGAUUAGUUCAAGAGGUGGAAAGUCGGGUUUUGGGAAUCGUAGAUGCUAUGAUGACAAAUAAGAUCGAAGAGCUAAAAGAAUUGAUGGAAGGGUCUAAAGAUAAAGGCAAAGAACGACGAUGUACGUAUAAAGAUUUCAUGGCAUGUAAACCUACCACGUACGAUGGUAAGAUCGAUCCAAUAAUGUGCCAAAGAUGGAUCUUAAGCAUGGAGGCGGUGUUUAAAAGAAGUCGGUGUGAUAAGGAGGAUCAAGUGAUGUUCGCUACGGGACAGCUCACUUUUCAAGCGAAGGAUUGGUGGGAUGCUUAUAGUAAAGAGAUAGGUGAGGACAAACUUCAGACAAUGACUUGGCAAGAAUUUAAAGAGCCGUUCAUGAAGUACCAUUGCCCCCAGUCAGCCAUCGAUAAGAUUCAAGAAGAUUUCUUACGCCUCCGACAGAAAAACGAGACGAUAAAUGAGAUAUCUAGUAUUUUCUUGGAUAAGAUGAAGUUCUGUGCGGAGUUUGUGCAAACCGAAAGAAUGAAGAUCAAUCGCUUUUACGGUAUACUAAAGGCAGAAUUCAGGGAAUUCAUCACUCCUUCGAAAUGUGAAACCCUUGAUGAGCUUAUUAAUCUGGCACGGGAUAGAGAAAUUGAAAUCAGAAGGCAAGAAGAACGUGGUGAGAAGAGACCAAGUGAAAAAGGUACGAGCUCGAGUCCAUCAAAGAAAGGAAAGUUUCAAGACCAAGGGAGGAAGGAAAGGUCGAAGGCUGGAAUCACUCCUUGCAAGACUUGUGGAAAGCUCCAUACUGGGGAGUGUCUGUUGGGCAAAAAGGGGUGUUAUAAAUGCGGUAAGGAGGGGCAUUCAUCCUAUCAGUGCCCGAGUAGCCCAAAGACUUGCUUUAAUUGCUUCGAAAAAGGGCACAUCAAAUCUGAAUGCCCGAAGCUCCAGCAAGAGUCGAAGAAGGAAGAUAAGAAACAAGAAGGUUCUAGGGCCAAAGGGAGAAUGUUCCAAAUUACCUCCGAAGAAGCCAAGUCUCACCCGAAUGUGAUUUCAGGCGUGAAGGAAGAAGGCUCAAGUGCUAAGAAAACGGAAGGUUCACAAGAUCGAGGUAAAUCCUCGACUUAGGCAAUUGGACGACUUGGAACGUGCACACAUGGUUUACGCCCGCUUCUCGCUUCCGUUGUUAAGCCCUUUUUUGAACGGUCUAGGUCUUGGUCUUAUGUUAUCAAGUCUAGUUAGUAUGUUGCCAUUUUGUCGUAGGGUAAAAAUUUGUUAGAUGGAAAUCAUGUCGUGAUCAAUGUGGACUUGUUUGUUCGUUUUGGGUUUUUGUCAAAGAUGUUUAAUGUUUAAGUUUGGUUUGUAAAACAGGUGGUUUAUGAUGUUAAACGAAUAGGUCAUGUCGAAAUUUCAAAAAUAUUUUCCUACUUA